CCCCACAACCACUUCUCUCUCUCACUCUCUUUUUCUCCCCAACUCUCGCUGCCGCCCGAGCGAGCUAUGAGGACCCCGCUGUUUCUGCUGCUCGGGCUGCUGCUCUUUCCGCCCGCGGGGGACGCCGCCGUCAUUACGGGGGCUUGCGACAAGGAUCCACAAUGUGAGGUUGGUAUGUGCUGUGCCAUCAGUAUCUGGAUUAGAAGUUUGAGAAUGUGUACACCAAUGGGCAACAUGGGAGACAGCUGUCAUCCACUGGCUCGUAAAGUUCCAUUUUGGGGGAAGAGAAUGCAUCGUACCUGCCCGUGUCUUCCAGGCUUGGUCUGUGCAAGGACUCCAUUUAACCGAUUCCGAUGUUUACCCAAGAAAUAGAGUUCAACUUUUUUUAGCAGAAUAAAAUUAAAUGUCAACAGCAACUUAACAUAUUUAAGGUUUUCCUUGUGAUAGUGAUGAAUAAGUUAUAUGCCAUUAAAAAAAUCCUAUU